AUGGACGCCGUCCUCCACGCUACUUCACUCUCCAUCACGCGCUUACGCGCAUCCUCCUCCUCCUCUGCUUCUUCGCCGUCUCUUCUUCCACCGAGAUUUCUCUCCGUCCAUCUCCGUCACCAAUUCACCUUCCCUUCCAAAUCACUAUGUCGUUCUUCAGCUUCUUCCGCCGCCGGUGCAACGUUGAUGGCGAAUUCCGCUUCGCCAAAAAGUGGAGUGUACACUGUUGGUGAGUUCAUGACAAAGAAGGAAGACUUGCACGUUGUGAAACCUACGACUACUGUCGAUGAAGCUUUGGAGAUCCUUGUGGAGAAGAGAAUCACAGGAUUUCCUGUGAUAGACGAAGACUGGAAAUUGGUUGGGCUUGUUUCAGAUUAUGACUUGUUGGCUUUGGACUCCAUAUCUGGUAGUGGAACAACAGAAAAUGUCAUGUUCCCUGAAGUUGACAGCACCUGGAAAACUUUCAAUGCAGUGCAAAAGCUACUCAGCAAAACCAAUGGGAAGCUUGUUGGAGAUGUGAUGACACCAGCUCCUGUAGUUGUCGAGGAAGAAACCAACCUUGAAGAUGCUGCUAAAAUAUUGCUCGAGACAAAAUAUCGCCGGCUCCCUGUGGUAGAUUCUGAUGGCAAAUUGGUCGGUAUUAUAACAAGAGGAAAUGUAGUGAGAGCCGCACUUCAAAUAAAGCGCACUGGUGAUCGGAAUGCGUGA